CUCACUUUCCAUGCGCGAUAUCUGUACCCGGCUUCGACCUCGAACGUGAGAAAAUAGGCACUUUGCUUUGUUAAAAGCAGACUAUAUAAGUGUGGAGAAAGAGGUCGUGGAUAGCUAGACGUUAAGCCAUGACUGAAUACAAACUGGUAGUUGUUGGAGCCGGUGGUGUUGGGAAAAGUGCGUUGACCAUACAACUCAUUCAAAAUCACUUUGUAGAUGAAUAUGACCCAACAAUUGAGGAUUCUUACAGAAAACAAGUUGUUAUAGAUGGGGAAACAUGUUUAUUGGAUAUUCUAGACACAGCAGGACAGGAGGAAUACAGUGCAAUGAGAGAUCAAUAUAUGAGAACUGGAGAAGGAUUUCUGUGCGUCUUUGCAGUCAAUAACAAGCGAUCGUUUGAGGAAAUCCAUGCAUUUAGACAACAGAUAAAAAGAGUGAAAGAUGCUGAUGAAGUCCCUAUGGUUUUGGUUGGAAACAAAUGCGAUCUUCAAAGGACUGUAAUGCCAACAGAGGCAUACGACUUAGCGACAAGUUAUGGAAUUCCAUUUAUAGAGACAUCAGCCAAGACAAGACAAGGUGUUGAGGAUGCCUUUUACACUCUAGUCAGAGAAAUUAGACGGGAUAAAGGAAAGAAGCCUGUCAAAACUCCCACAAAGAAGAAAAAAUGUAUAAUCUUGUAAUGACUUUUCAUUUUUUGUCUGUUCAGUGAACAGCUUGGUAAAUUUGGUCUCCUCAAAAUAUUCAACAUUUCAGGUCUCCUAGAAGUUUAUACAAAUCUAUCCAUGUUCAUAGUACCUGUUACACUUAAAACCAGUUAGUACUAGAAGGUAUUGAUGACGUGUACAUAAGCCUGAAUAUUCCUUUCAAGCAUUGUAAGCAGUGAUCCCCUUGUGAAAGUAACAAGUACCUUUGGAGAAAACUUAAAAAACAGAAUUUAAAUUGCAUGCUAGUAAAGAUGUUUGACCAGAUUGAAAAAGAGAGUGAAAGCUUUGUAGUAAUUUCACAGAGUACAUCUUAGAGGUGAUUUUUUCUUUAUUUGGAGCAGUAAGGUUCAUAACAGCUGAAUUUGACACAGUUCUUGUUGAGUAGUGUGACUUUUAGAAGAUUGAAAAAUUUAUUUAUUGAUACUUUAAAAGACGUUUGACCAAUAAUAAAACAGAACUGCUGCAUUUUUUUUUCUUUUUGGAGAUUUGAAGGCGAUAAAACAAUGUGUGUUACCAUUAAUUUUCUUACUGUGGAAGAAUGUGACUAUGAAUUUAGUGCACCAUAGAUCUGUCACUAGAAUUGACUCCAGAUUUGUGAACAAAUAAUUCCAUUUGCAAGUACAGGCCAGUGCUGUUUUUCGGAAGGAAUAUGUUGAUGUUGGGGAGGUUGGUGUGAAAGGUUUCUGCAGGUUAGAAACAUGUCACAGCAGAGGAUGAUUAUAGAUAAAAGAUUGAUAACCAGAAGCAUGUACUUGCAGAAUAUUACAUAAGAAUCGGUUUUUCCAUAGUUGGGUACAAUGAUUUUCCCUUGGGAUUAAAGGCUUUUAAGAGAGGGUUACUCGUAGGAACAUUUAUGGCAAUUACUAUUCAUCGUAGACAAAUUGAGUCAGGUUAUAUUCUGUGAUUUCCUGACCAUAGUAAUCAAAUGAGAGGUAUGAGCUAGUGGAUCAAUUUUUUUCUGGUUGUGCAACAAUUUUUGGGGCAUUAUUUCAACAGAAAACGUAAGAAAUGACAGCUUUCGUGCAAAUUCGAGGGGAAAAAUUUAAAUGUUUUCAGAAAUCUGUUAAAUAGAACAGUUUCAGAAGAGGGAGAAGUUGACACUUCCAAAAACAUCCAGCUAAUUUUACUGUAGUGGUCUCGUUGAUUUUGCCUGGAAGUACUCCACCCUCUACCCCCUCCCCCCCCCUACAACCAUUGUGUUGUCAGCAUGUGUGCCGAUUUUUAAUGGCUGUGUUUCAUUUAUGUGAUUGAACUGAUUGUGGGUGUCUACUCUAUCAGUACAGUAGACUGCUUAUCUUGAACUCAAACCUGUCAGGGCAACAGAGGAUUCAAUUUCGACCAUUUGGUCUCAAUUGGAGGUUGUUAAUUAUCAAGGUUCAUACCAGUGACCUGCAAGCUCCAAUAGGCUCAGCAGCUUCAGUGGCAAAGUUGUAAGAGAUGCUGGCUCAUCUCAAACAGCUUUACAUUGUGGCACCAAUGAGAGCUUCAUUCCAUAGUUAGUAACUACACUUAGUCUCAUAGCAUGAGGUUAGAUCUUGAGGGUAAACUGUACUUUAUUGCCUUUGUUCUUAAUGUUUGUUCUCCACUAACAAUACAUAAGUAUGGACUUGUAGAUAAGUAACAUUGCUUUAAUUGGUGUUUCUUUGUACCAUGUUAUGGUACUGUGUGUAUUUUGUUCCCUUUUUCUGCCUGGAAUGAAAUAGUUCUCCAUUUCCAAAAGAAGUUUUUCAUUAAUUUGCAAGAGUAAAGCAGUAAUUGAAAAUAAAAUAAAAUGAGAUUUCUUUCUUGUUUUUC